AUGUCUGACGACGACAAAAAACGCCGCCGCUACCUCACAAGUCUGGACGACAUCAACACCGCCGAAGCGAUCUCCGUCUUGAACGGAUCCCGUUCCCACCAUGAGGACGUGUAUGACUCCCGCGAAGCGUUUACAACUUCAAAUACGGGCUCUCCCACCAAUGCGCAGGGUGCAAGCCCCCACUCUGGAUGGCGCAAGAAGACAGGGAAAGUGAUACCAUGGGCAAGCAAAAAGCAAAAGAAAGUCCUUCUCAAAGCUCAAAAUGUCUCUGUGAGGGCCUUGUCCGGCUUGGGAGGAGGUUUUGAGGCCCAACUUCCACCAACACAGUCCCAAGAACAGGCCACAGGGAGCCCGGAGAGCAUCACUUCCGCUCCUGGUUCACCUUCUGUAGGCGCUUUGUCAGCUUCCUCUGAUCCUCAGCCAUCAAACGAAUCAUGA